AGUACUACAUAGAUGCCCAAGGCUCAACCUUUUGUCCUAACAAAGACAGCUACUUUACCCAAAUCAACGGCCCUGAUCUUUUCAUGUCUUAAAUCAACUAACCACAAAUCUCUCCCCUAAUAUUUAUUAAUUAUUAUUCUGCACUUAUUUUCUUUGCUACCCAAUCCCCAACUCAAACAAAACACUUCAACUCCACCAAAAAAAAAAAAAAAAAUCUAGAAAUAAACGAAAUUAACAAACCCAAAAAAACUAGAGAGAAAGAAAAGAGUAUAGAAUAACGAACGAGCUUCAGAGCUUUCCUUUUGGUUACUAGUUACUUAUACGACGUCGUACAGUCUAUCAAGCUUCUCCAGAUCCAAUUUGGUUUGGUCAACUACCAGUUGUUGAGGUGAUUGUAAUCUCCGGAUCCGGCGUCGUUUUGAGCCGUCGGACCUUAGUGGCGGCGGAUCUAGACACCAACACCGACACUACCGGUACGGAUCGGGGAAGGAGAGGAAGUUGUUGGAGAUGGCGCCGACUACGAUUCGGAAAGCGAUUGGGGCGGUGAAGGACCAGACUAGUAUUGGAAUAGCUAAGGUGGCUAGCAACAUGGCGCCGGAGCUUGAGGUUGCGAUUGUCAAGGCGACUAGUCACGACGAUGAUCCGGCUAGCGAGAAGUACAUAAGAGAGAUCCUGAAUCUCACAUCUUACUCUCGAGGUUACGUUCAUGCCUGUGUUACGGCGAUUUCGAAGCGUUUGGGGAAGACGCGCGACUGGAUUGUGGCACUCAAGGCUUUGAUGCUGAUCCAUCGUUUGCUUAAUGAAGGGGAUCCUUUGUUUCAGGAAGAGAUCUUGUUCGCUACCAGAAGAGGGACCAGGCUUCUCAAUUUGUCUGAUUUCAGGGACGAAGCCCAUUCUAGUUCUUGGGAUCACUCAGCUUUUGUCAGGACUUACGCCAUGUAUCUUGACCAACGCCUCGAAUUGGCGCUAUUUGAGAAGAAAAGUGGAGGUGCUGGAGACGGAGCUGGUCGAGGCGGUGGUAGUGGUGGUGGUGGUGGUGAUGAUCGAUUCGAUCGAUUUGGGUCUAGAGAUAGUAACGCGAAUUUCAGGUCACCGCCACCGAGACAGUACGACUACGAUUAUGGGGAUUCCAGGGGUGAGGGGGGUCCGUCUGGGAACUACGGAAUGAGGCGGUCGAGGUCGUUUGGGGAUAUGAGCGAAUCGGCAGGACGAGAAGGGAGAGAGAGAGAGGAGAAAAGGGUUUUGACUCCAUUGAGGGAGAUGAAGCCUGAGAAGAUAUUUGUUAAGAUGGGACAUAUGCAGAGACUGUUUGAUCGUUUUUUGGCUUGUCGACCCACGGGUUUGGCCAAGAUCAAUAGGAUGAUUUUGAUCGCAUUGUACCCCGUUGUUAGGGAGAGCUUUCAGCUUUACGCCGACGUUUGUGAGGUUUUGGCUGUUUUACUUGAUAAAUUCUUUGACAUGGAGUACCCAGAUUGUGUUAAGACCUUCGAUGCCUAUGCAAGUGCGGCUAAGCAGAUCGACGAGCUCGUUGGGUUUUAUAAUUGGUGCAAGGAAACCGGUGUUGCGAGAUCAUCGGAGUAUCCUGAAGUUCAGAGGAUCACUGGUAAGUUAUUAGAGACAUUGGAGGAGUUUGUGAGGGACAGAUCAAAGAGACCCAAGAGUCCCGAGAAGAGAGAGGAGCUUCCGGCUCCUCCAGUUCAAGAGGAGGAACCGGUUCCUGAUAUGAACGAGAUAAAGGCACUCCCUGCUCCGGAAAGUUACACUCCACCACCUCCACCUGAGCCAGAGCCUAAGCCUCAGCAACAAGAAGUGAUCCACGACUUGGUGGAUUUGAGAGAGGAAUCGGUCACGGCCGACGAUCAGGGGAACAAGUUUGCUCUUGCAUUGUUUGCUGGUCCAGGGGAAAACAAGGCGAAUGGAUCGUGGGAACCGUUCUCAUCAAAUGGACAACCUCAAGUAACAUCGGCCUGGCAGACUCCUGCCGCUGAUCCCACCAAGGCAGAUUGGGAACUCGCCUUGGUAGAGUCAGCUAGCAACUUGUCGUUGCAAAAACAAGAUCUCGGUGGUGGGCUAGAUCCGUUGUUGUUGAAUGGCAUGUACGAUCAGGGCGUGGUCAGACAACACGUGAGCACAGCCCAUAUGAGCGGUGGAAGCGCCAGCAGUGUGGCGUUGCCUGGGCUGGGAAAGACCAACACACCCGUGUUGGCUCUCCCAGCUCCAGAUGGGAGUGGCACAGUUCAUGCAGUCAAUCAGGACCCUUUUGCUGCUUCAUUAACAAUUCCACCACCUUCUUAUGUGCAAAUGUCCGAUAUGGAGAAAAAACAAAGCUUGUUAGUGCAGGAACAGCAAGUAUGGAAUCAGUAUGCGAGAGAAGGAAUGCAAGGGCAAACUAGUUUGGCCAAGCUUAGUGGCAACGGUUACAUGGCUCCAAAUCCAUAUCCAGUGAUGCAAUAUGGGAUGCCUCAGCCUCAGGUCAACGGGAUGGGGCCGCCGGCCGGGUAUUACUAUAAUCCUUAUUGAUCAAUUUUCUUAAAUCUUAUUAUAAAUACAGUUUAUUUCUUCAUCCUGUAUGUUGUUGCUUUUCUAGAUUUGUUCUUCCCUUUUGUCUAAAACUCUGAAUGGUAAGUAAUUAAGAACUUGUUCAUUUGUGCACGGAAAAUUGGAAAUGUUUUGUUGGAGGGAGCUGAGAUGAAGAGACAGAGAUGGGGAAUAAAUGAUUUUUGAUGUUGUUGGGGGGUACGUAAUUGAGUUCUGAUGUCUCUGUAUUGUGUAAUAUUAGACUGUUCUUCAUAUAUAUAUUUUUUCUUGUUCUUGUUUUUGA